AUGUCAUGCCCAGAGGAAUUGGCUGCCCUGGCAGAUGAGGACCUGCUUGACUUCCUCCUGAAGGAUGUUGCUCCUGAAAUCCCAGGGGAGAACGGUCUGCUGGAAGACUGGGGCCUGCCAGAGCCUGAGCUCCUGAACAAGGAGAUGGAUGACUUCAUCAGCUCCCUGCUGAGUCCCUUUGAAGAUGAACCAGGCAUGCUGCAGGGUUAUUCGCCUGCUGACGGUGACAGCAGCAUUUCUGAAGAUCAGAAUCUGUCCCAUAGCCCUGGCAGUGACUUUGCCGGCAGCCCUCAGAGCUCAGACAUUGUGCAGUUUGAUCACAACUAUUCCCUCCAUCGGGAUUGGCCUGCGCUUGAAAGUGUGAAGUCUGAAAUGGCAGAAGGAGAUGUUUCCAUUGACCUUGAGACAUGGGUGGGUUUGGAAGGCACAAGUGAGGCGCUGGAACAGAGCUCCAGUUUCCCUAUUGCUGUUGCUGUGGACACUGGACCCCAGCUUGUGCCUGGAGCCACUGUGCAGUCUGACUUCCCAGAGCUGGUCCUGACAGAGGAGGAGAGGCAGCUCCUGGAGAAAGAAGGUGUUUCAUUACCAACCUGUCUGCCACUGACCAAAGCUGAAGAGCGGCUUCUGAAGAAAGUGCGUCGGAAGAUCCGGAACAAGCAGUCAGCCCAGGAUAGUCGUCACAGGAAGAAGAUCUAUGUGGAUGGCCUGGAAAACAGGAUGGCAGCCUGUAUGGCUCAGAACCACAAGCUGCAGAAGAAGGUGCAGCUGCUGCAGAAGCAGAACAUGUCACUGCUUGAGCAGCUGUGGAAACUGCAGGCCUUGGUGAGACAGUCCACCACCAAAACUACCACAGCAAGCACCUGCAUCAUGGUCCUGGUUCUGUCCUUCUGCCUCAUUCUCUCCCCCAGCCUCUACUCGUUUGGGAGCAGAGAGCAACAGCUGGAGCUCAGAGUGUUGUCACAGCAGAUCCAUGAGUUCCCAAACCAGGUUAGGCAGGCAGCACCUGAUGUGCAGGAGGACACUGCACUGGAGAGGCUCAACCCAGAGCCUGAGGACCCCCUGUUGGGCAGCCUCAAUCAGUCAUGGAAAGAGGGACGGAGUCCACCCAAGCCCAAUCCCAGAUCUGCUUUCAACAGCAACUCAUCCUCCGACCCUCCAGCAGCAGCGGGCUCUGAGCUGGGCCCUCCCCAGCCUCAGGAGCAGCACUCCCAGAAUGACCCUUUGCACACAGCGGUGCUGGCAGCGUGGAAAGCCAAGAGGCAGGAGUGGGUGGAACGCACUGCCAGCGUUGUCAUCCAGCAGCACCGUGCCGAUGAGAUGUGA